UCACACCACAAAAUAAAAACAAAUAAUUAGAACGAAAUAAAUAAGAGAAGAAAUCCAACAAUCCCGUGAUAUAAUGUGAAACAAGCCAAUUGAUCAGAGGACUCGGGACUCAGGACCACUAAAGCUGUGUCGACCGUCGCCGUACGUGCUAGUCUACACAUCUCAGGACAAGAGCAGGGAAUGCUGUUGAGGUGCCUUGCAAAUUGCAGGAAAAUGGCGCUUCUAGGGGAAAAUGCUGCAAAUGGUGUUGUUGCAAACGGUGUGAAGAACAUGUCUAUCGAUAUUGGAGGGAUGCGGAAACCUUAUAAAGGGAAGAAUGAAGCUUUUGUGGAAGAGGACCUAGUGGCCAAGGAACCCAUUGCACAGUUCAAGGCGUGGUUUGACGAAGCAUGCAAUACGCCAGGCAUUAUAGAAGCGAAUGCCAUGUGUAUUGCAACCGCUACAAAAGAAGGGAAACCAUCAGCUCGAAUGGUACUUUUGAAAGGCUAUGGAAAAGACGGAUUCAGGUUUUUCACCAACUAUGGAAGCAGAAAGGGCCAGGAGUUGAUAGAGAAUCCUUUUGCAAGUCUUGUAUUCUAUUGGUCUUACAAUGGUGAAGAUAGAUCUUGGUCAAGACAGGUUCGAAUUGAAGGAAACGUAGAACGUAUCAGUGAAAAGGAGUCGACAGAUUAUUUCCAUUCUCGCCCACGCAGCAGUCAGAUUGGAGCAUGCCUUAGCCCACAAAGUCAGGUCAUCGAAGGUCGCCAUGUACUGACAGAUAAAGAAAAGCAACUUCAAGAAGAAUAUAAAGAUGAAGAGAAGUCCAUUCCAAGACCAGAAAUAUGGGGCGGCUUCCGUGUCAUACCAGAAGUAAUUGAAUUCUGGCAAGGACAAACAACACGCAUUCAUGACAGGAUCCGCUUCAGAAAAUCUAAAGCUGACGAAACCAUCGAUAAAAGCUUAACUCAUGAAGGAGAAGAGGGCUGGGUUUAUGAGAGGCUGGCUCCAUAAAAACAGAAGACAGCGUAUGGAAGAAGAGGCUAGAUUUUUUUCUCUCUCACUCAGAUACAUGCAUUACCAUUUAUACUUUCAGUGACUUCGGCAUUAUGUAAGCAAUUGUUGUGAUGAAAUGUUUUAGGGUUGUUCCUGGCAGGGAAUUGCUUUAUCGUAACUGUACUUUCUGAACGAUUAAAUAAAUCACAGUGUACAAGAGGAUGCCAAAAAUCAGAGAUGUAUUUCAUGUGUAUUGUUGCUGUAAUUUAUGGGUUCAAUUGUUAUAUGUUGGUUAUUAUAAAGAGUAUGAAAGAA